GAAAACAUGAUAUCUAAACCUGACUAAGAAAAAACCCGACUAAAACCUUCGUAACUGUGUGAAUGAACGAGAACAGAGGACAGUGACCUUUGGGUCCCUACACCGUUCAACUUUUACCGGCGGUCGCUGUGACAACCGAUCCAUAUCAAAGAUACCGGCCAUAGACCUUCAUCUCCCUUAUGUAUCUCUAUCUACCUCCAUUCAUUUUCCACCGCUCACAAACAAAAUCAAGGAAAAAAAAAAUGCAGAUCUUUUACAGACAAUUAUCCAGCUUCUUAUCGAAAAUGGUAGCUCUACUCUCUCCAUCUUGAGACCGAGCUUCCCGGAAUAAUCUAAUCCUCGCGCCCGAUCAUGUUACGGGAUGAAAAUCUCAUCCCCACCGUCCACUUCGCCGCCGUAUUCUUUUACCUUCUGUGCCCUAAUUUCAUUUCGGCACAGGGCAACCCUUCCCCCGGCAACCCGUGCGAUUCGUACGGCGUGUGCGGUGCCUUCGGCUUCUGUAACCCGCAGAGCUCUCCGAUUUGCUCGUGUCUGCCGGGGUUUUACCCUCGGACCCGGGCGGAGUGGGAUUCGGGUAAUUGGACAAGCGGGUGCGUCAGGCGGGACCCGCUGAACUGCAACGGCACGGCUGACGGCGGAAGGGAGGACGGGUUUCUGAGGCUCCCGAGGAUGAAGAUGUCCGGCUACUCGGACCGGUGGCCGGGCACGGAGGACCAGUGCGGAGGUCGGUGCUUGAGUAACUGCUCGUGCAUAGCUUUUGGGUUUGAUGUUGGGAUUAGGUGCAUGUUCUGGAGCACCGGGACUUUGAUCGACAUCCAGAAGUUCCCGAACGGGCCGGGCGGGUCGGAUCUUCAUAUUCGAGUUGCAAAUUCUGAAUUAGAUGGUAAAAAGGACAGUAAGAUGACUGUGAUAAUUGUGGUUGUUUUAGUUGGCUUUGUUGUUGUUUCUGUGUGCUCGUUUUUUAUUUGGAAAUGGAGGGCUAAGCGUAGAGCCCAAAGAAGAGCAAGUGAAUUUACAGAGGCAGGUGAAUCCGGUUCACUCGAUUACUCUCUCCAGGACACAAUGCGCCGCCAAGUCAAUUUUGAAGAAUUACCAUUGUUCAAAUUCGAAACACUUGCAAAUUCAACCAACUUCUUCUCGGAAGCUAACAAGCUGGGGAAAGGUGGUUUCGGCCCUGUUUACAGAGGAAAACUGGAUAAUGGGAGAGAAAUUGCUGUUAAGCGACUCUCGAAAGCAUCCGGGCAAGGCAUACAGGAAUUCAUGAAUGAAGUUGGACUGAUUUCGAAGCUGCAGCACAGGAAUCUUGUGAGGCUACUCGGAGGCUGCAUCGAGAAUAAAGAGACGAUGUUGAUAUAUGAGUACAUGCCUAAUAGAAGCUUGGACAUUUUCCUAUUUGACCCAUCUAAAAAUAUCCUGGACUGGAGAACGCGUUUCAACAUUAUUGAGGGUAUAUGUCGAGGCCUCCUUUAUCUUCAUAGGGAUUCAAGAUUGAAGAUAAUCCAUAGGGAUCUAAAGCCUAGUAAUAUAUUGUUGGAUCAUGACUUGAACCCAAAGAUUUCAGAUUUUGGGAUGGCAAGAAUAUUUGGAACAAAACAAGAUCAUGUCAGCACUGUGAGAGUGGUUGGAACCUAUGGAUACAUGGCUCCAGAGUACGCCAUGGAAGGAAGAUUUUCAGAAAAAUCUGACGUUUUCAGUUUAGGAGUUCUGAUAAUAGAGAUUAUCACCGGGAGAAGGAACACGAGUUUUCAAAGUCAACAAGGAUCUGUGAACCUUUUGGGGCAUGUGUGGAAAUUGUGGAAUGAAGGCAAUAUUGCGGCUUUCAUUGAUCCGAGAAUAUAUAACGAAAAUUACGAAUUGGAGAUCAUGAGAUGCGUACACAUAGGGUUAUUGUGUGCCCAAGAAGCUCCUAAAGAAAGGCCAUCUGUUUCUGUUGUGCUGUCCAUGUUAUUAAGCAAGACUAUGGAGCUUCCCGAGCCAAAGAUCCCGGCUUUUAGCAUGAAAUCGAGCCGUACGGAAACAGGCACGAGCUCUUCACAACAGAGCCAAAAGAGUAAUAGCUCUGUGAAUAAUCUUUCAAUAACCAUGGUCGAUGGACGCUGAUGAUACAGAGAAUGUUAGUGUAUUUAUGCCUUGCUAAAUAGAAAAUUAGAAGUUUCUGUUGAGUUUUGUUGAUUUAGUUUUUCAUUUUUUUGCUUACAGACUUACAAUAUUUAGUUAUAAAAAUAUGCAUGUUUAUAUUGUGAAAUGUUGUAAUUUAUUUAUAUUGUCUUUUAGACAAUUAUAUUUCUUUUUGAAAGUAUAAAUGUAUUAUCGUCUAA